AUGAAUCAAUCGAAUGUAGUUCAGUCCAAUUCUCAUGCGCAAUUAAGUAUUGUAGAACCUGCAGUUGAAAUUGCAGAUAAGCAACCAAACAAGCCAGGUGUUUUAAUUUUAUCAAGAAUUGAUGACAAUUAUCAGUUACAUUGGGGCCCUCUCGAUGGAAAUCCAGCCCAAAGAAUUGCUGCUGUCUUCAGAGGUCAAUCGAGUGCAGAUUUUACAACGGAAAGCUGGGAAUUUGGCAAACCUUUGAACGUCGAUUGCCAAAAACUCAACUGUCUUUAUUUAACUGAAAAUCCACUUACAAUUACUUUCCAAAACCAAACAGAACAAAAGAGAACAUUCAAAAUUAAAGUUUCCGAAUUCACCUCACUUGCAGAAUUUAUUGAAAGGCUUAUUGUCAACGGAAUUGCUGUUCCUUCCGACGAAAGGCCCUUCAGUUUGUCAUUCUACCGCAAAUGCCAUAAAGGCGUUUUCUUUUAUUCUCCUCCUUAUAUUCAAUUACAGUUUGAUCAAUUUUCAAAUCUCGCCAACUUCUGGACAAAUGUUCAUGAGUUCUUCCAGCGUUUAAUUAUUCACUUAGAUAGAAGCGAUACCCUUCCAAAAGAUCCUUUGUUCCCAUUAGGCCUCGCAGCACGCGCAGCUCAUGAUAGAGUGUACGAGCAAAUCAAUGUUUUCAUUGCUGAACAACCUGUUUACGAGCAAAUCGAUUCCAAGAAGUGGUCAGAAAUGUUUGAUGAAGAAGGAAGAGCUAAAAACCCAGAAGAAUUCAAGAACAUUAUUUACCAUGCAGGUAUUGAUAAAGAUACACUUCCAAAGGCACUGCCAUUCGUCUUUGGAGUUUAUCCUUUAACAUCUACCGAAAAGGAACGCGAAAUUCAACAUGAAAAGCAAAAGAAAGAAUUCGAUAUACUCGUAGAAGAAGUAAAUCUACUCGAACAAGAUCAAAUUCUUGCAAAUAAGAAGCUAAAUGGCGCAUUUCGUGUUAUUAGCCACGAUAUCUCAAGAACAGACCGUCAAAACAUCGCUUUCAAGGAAGUAACAAAGCCUGGCCUUACAAUGCUUACUACUUUGCUUCAAUCUUACUGUAUUUUCAAUCCUCCGAUAUCAUAUCUACAAGGCAUGAACGAUUUGUUCGUUCCCAUCAUUUUAGCAUAUAUUCCAGACUGGGACGAUGACGGAAAUCCAAUAGAUUCCGAAGGAAAAAUAAUUGAUCACGAAAAAUUGAUGGCAGACAUUUUCUGGUGCUUCGAUGCUAUGCUACGUAAUACCAAUCAGCUUUCCUUCCUAGCAUCAGUCACAGAACAAUGCCAGGCUCAAGCAAUAAUUGUUAAUAAGAUUUUAACAAAAGUUUCGCCAUUGGCAGCCAUCUGGAUGCGCCGCAAUAAUCUCCAUCAGCUAUUGUGGUGCUAUUCUGACUUCGUUCUUCUUUUCAAGAGAUCAUUUGAAUACAUUUGGACAGUUUGGUUCCAAUUCAACUGUUCACCUGAUUCAAUCCACUGGCUGACAUAUUUCGUCGCAGCCCUCAUCAUGGAAACCUUCCCGAAGUUGACACAAAUGAAAGAUGUAACAAUUCCAACGGUUAUGGAACGAUUCCCUGUAUUUAUGAAGGACUUGGACCAUCACAGACUCGGUUUGAUCUCGCUUUGGCUCGCUUCUCAAUACAAAUUUGAGCCACAGCCUCCGACACCAGAAACAGAGACCCCGAAGUUCGAUUUCUUCCAUCCGUCAUGGGAGCAGUAA